UGUUGCCCAUCUUCACCUUUCUAGGCUAUCUGGAUAUUAACUGUCACCUAGCUCUAAAGUUUCUUCAAAGGUCAACAUCUACCAUUACUGUGGAUAUCGCUUUGAAUCCUCAAUGUCCAACUCCACUAUUGGUCAUUCCGACUGUGCCAAUUCGGAUUCCCGACGGUAUCUACCUGCCAAAUGUGUGCCAAACCCGAACAAACUUGUCAAAGCAAUUUCCGAGGCGGUAGGAAAAGGCAACUUUCGCAUCGAAAUGCAACACAACAUAUAUGCUAUAGUGCUUUAUCAGGAUGCCGACACUAAUUGGGAGAAGCUUCUCAAGUCUCCAGAGAUGAAUCGAGGCAGACGAGGAUAACUCGUGAGCCGCUAUCCGAUCGGAUUGUGCCAUCUUUCGGUUGGCAGGGUGAUAUGGGGUUGGUUCCUGAUAUGGGGUUUAAGUUAGCAGUCACUGUUAUACGUUACACCUCCGGGUCAGACUCAGAACGUCGUUCCUUUAUCCCGCUAGUCUUCGUUUAAGUAUAUGGAGCUGUUAGACGUGUGGUACAAGAUGUAAUUUAGCAAUACGUACUCACUGGUGAGCAGAGUUGAAUCACCUCAUCGCACGCUGC